AGCUUUGCUAUGGACAAGCAGUCGAUUAAUUCACUUCAGAAUAUUGUGAGCGUUUAAGGUUGAACAGUUCUUAGUGUUUAAGUUGUGUGGUUAAAAUGGCUACUUUAUGGACAAUUGUUCAAGUGAUGUUGUUCAUUAUUGUUCACACAAAUGGAUAUUGUUAUAAGACAUUCGAGAAACGUAGUGAAUACAAUUUCAAUUACUACGAUUGCUAUUAUUGCAAUGUUACCCAAAAAAAUGGCGAAUGGACUGUUGAAGGAUUUGAUAUAUCUUGGAACGGUUAUAUGAGAAUAAUUAGAAUAUCAAUGCAGAAUCUUAAAUUUAGUGACUUUACAUUGCAAACUGUCAUCACAGGUGACAUAGUUAAUUAUUUUAGUAUCGUUGAGCUGAUUAUUGAGGAUUCUCAAAUUGACAGAAUUGUAAACUUUGCUUUUCCUAAACAAAAAUCAAAACGUGGUUAUAAUCCCUUUGAUGUUCCUUAUCGCUUCGUAAGUUUUAAAAACAAUAAUAUAUCAACAAUUGAAGAAAAUGCUUUCAAUAAUUUAGAAAGUGUUACAAAGUUUUCAUUUUCAAAUAAUGUUAUUGGAAAUAAAAUAGGAACUAUUACUUGGCUUAGUGAACUGGUUAGUGUGACGACUUUAGAUUUAUCAAACAAUAACUUAACAAGCAUUUCAAAUGAGUUGUUUACUGCUAAUAAAAAUGUUCAACAUUUGAAUUUAUCAAACAGUCAAAUAACACAUAUUGUUCCCAAUACAUUUAUAAAUCUUUCGGAAUUAGAAGUUCUCGAUUUGUCAAUGAAUAUGUUAUUGAAUGUGAACCUAUACAAUUUAUUAAAUUUAAAACAUACAAGUUAUAUCUUUCAUAAUUUACCAGCACUACAUACAUUAAUUUUAUUUGGUAAUAAUAUAUCAAAUUUUGAUAAUUCAUUAGGUUUUCUGCCAUCAUUGAAAAUACUCGAUUUAUCAUAUCAAAAUUUAAGCAGUAUAUCAAACGAAAUGUUUCCGGAACCCAGUGCUUUAAGCAAUUUGAAUAUGUCAAAUAAUGCAAUAAGUAAAAUUACCCCAAAUGCAUUUAAGAAUUUGGAAGAUCUGAUUAUUCUCGAUUUGUCAAAUAAUAAAUUAAAUGUGUUGAAUCCAGUAUUAUUACAUGAUACACAAAAUCCAAAUACACCUGAGUAUAUUUUUGAUAAUCUUCCAAAAUUACAAAUCAUAAUUUUAUUUGGCAAUAAUAUUUUAAAUUUUGAUAAUGCAUUAGGUUAUCUUCCAUCAUUGCAAAAACUCGAUUUAUCAUAUCAAAAUUUAAGCAUUAUAUCAAACGAAAUGUUUCCGGAACCCAGUGCUUUAAGCAAUUUGUAUAUGUCAAAUAAUGCAAUAAGUAAAAUUACCCCAAAUGCAUUUAAGAAUUUGAAAGAGCUGGUGAUUCUCGAUUUGUCAAAUAAUAAAUUAAAUGUUUUGAAUCCAGUAUUAUUACAUGAUACACAAAAUCCAAAUACACCUAAGUAUAUGUUUGAUAAUCUUUUAAAAUUACAAACCAUAAUUUUAUUUGGCAAUAAUAUAUCAAAUUUUGAUUAUGUAUUAAGUAAACACCCAGUAUUAACCAUACUGGAUUUAUCAAACAAUAAUUUAGCCAGUAUUUCUAAUAGAAUGUUUCCGGAAAUCAGUGCAAUAAAACAUCUAAAUAUGUCAAACAAUCAAAUAAAUGAAAUAUAUCCGAAUACAUUUGCAAAUAUGCAAAGUUUAGAACAUUUGGAUUUGUCUCACAACAGAAUAAAAAACAUGCACAUAGCAUCUUUGCAUGGGUUACCAGUUUUACAAUCUUUAAAUCUAAGUUAUAAUCAUUACACGGUUGAUAAAUAUUUAAUAUUUAAUACACCUAAAUUAUCAUUUUUGGAUAUCAGUUACAAUAAUUUUAGUGACAUUGAUGAAACUCUAUUCAAAGAAUCGCAUCUAACCUCAAUUAAUAUCGAUGGAAUGCACGUGAGUUGCAUAAGAUUAGUCGAAAUAGUCAAAUAUUUUAAAACAUUAAAUAUUAAUUAUGUUGCUGGGAAAGAACAAAAUCGUUUACAUCUAUUUGGAAUGCAUUGUAACCAUUCCGAUGUAAUAGAAACCUCUACAAACAUUAUUGAACCAACCAAUAUACCGAAUACUGAUAUUCAACUGUCGAAUAUUAGUAAUAAACUAUCGGAAAUGUUGAAUGUAUUAAAACAUAACAAUGACAAAAACUUGAAUGCAAAUCCUACUCCAGGAGUUAAUAAUAUUCAGUUGUCAAAUAACAACAUCCUAUCAGAAAUGUUAAAUGUAUUAAAACAUAUCAAUGAUAAAAACUUGAAUGCAAAUCCUACUCAAGCAGUUACUCAAGUUCACGAUAUGCAAGAAAAAUCAGACAAAACUACACAUAUUCUGUUAAUAUUACUCAUCUUAAUGUUUGGUUUUAUAAUUGUAUUCCUUCUUUACAUCUGGCGUACAUAUUUUGUUAAUUCCAAUCAAUAUGUACCAACUGAAAAUCUAAUCACUGAUUUUGAAUUAUCUAAUAGAUAGUUUGCUUAUAACUAAACAAAACUAUCAAAUCAAUAUUGUAUUGUAAAAUAUCAUUAAGAUUAUAAUUGUAAUAAUUAGUUGUAAGUUAUUGUACAAGUAUAUCUAUUAUAAUGUAUAAACACUCGACACACCGCCCUGGGAUAUUUGUUCUUCUCUAAUAAGAAGACUCUCAUCGGUAUUGAGAACAUUAAUAUUAAUCUCCAUUAGCAAAGCUUCAGAACAUAUCACUACUACGAAUGGAUAUAUUCUGAAAGUUUAAGAGAUGCCAAAAGUAAGCAUUUAGUUAAAGACUUCAUGAUCUACCUUCUAAAAAUUCGGGACACAAAAUAUCUCAAUUGGUUCAAGAGAUACAGGCUUUUUUCCACGGAUUAAUUUGGAAAUAUAGAAAUCCAAUCUUUUUAAGUCUGCAUUUUGGAAAACUUGCUAAAAAUG